UAAGGCAGAGCUUGUGUGAUGUGGACUGGGCUGAUACGCCCCUUCCUCCCAGCGGACCCGGGAUGCACCCCAGCCGGCUGUGAGGCUGCAGAGCCUCCGCUCCAGCGCCAGCGCCAGCGCACACGGACACGCACGCAUCUUCCCUCUUCCUGGCCGUGUGUCGUGUUUGUCGCAGAUGCUGCCGACAGUGAAGCGUGCCAAACGUGCCGGUCCCCUCUGUGACUCCGGACAUGGAUCCGCCAUCCGCGCACACGGACAGAGACAAUGAGGUCCAUCUAAAAGGGCUGGGCCGGGCCGGAGUGAAGAGGAUGCCACAGCUCCCCCUGUGGGAUCUGCAGUGCCACUGUCCUGCCCCCACCACACACUUCUCUUCCUGGAUGAUGGAGGGAGAGCCCUUCACCUCUGCAUUUUCCUCUCUGAUGUACUCCGCUGGGGGACACUUCGUUGCCCUGUCCUCCUCCUCCUCGUCUUCCUCCUCAUCCUCUACGGAUUCAGCUAUCACUGCCAUGUCGCUGGAGCAGAAGACAACUUUUGCCUUGGUUAUCUUCCUCUUUGUUUUCCUCCUCAUCCUCAUCGUGCGAUGCUUCCGUAUCCUGCUGGACCCCUACCGGAGUAUGCCAACCUCCACGUGGGCAGACGGCCUUGAUGGUCUGGAGAAGGGCCAGUUCGACUAUACUCUGGCCUAGGCUUCUACACCGGACAUCCAAACACUUUAGUGGAUAUUUAUGUCCACACACAAACCAGUCUGUGGUGACAUUCUUGUUCAUGCUGCCUUUUUGGUGUGUGCCAACAGAGCUUUUAUCUCAUGCUCAAGCUAACUGAACAAUAACCAGUUCAGAAUAAGCAUAUUAUGGAUGUAUUUUACUCUCAUCCUACUCUACAUGGAUCAAAUGGACGUCACACUGGCCUGGCCGACUCUUGAGUCUUAAAAAUGGACAUCUUGAUUAAUUGGUGGUUGGUUUAGUUAUUCUUAUGUUCAGCUUGAUGACAAAGUGAAUUUCAGCUUUGCUUUUACAGAUGCUAGGUAGAGCUAGCUAGUAAUGUGGACAACGUAUUUGGCCACAUUACUAGCUAACUUGUGCAAUCUCAGAAUUUACCCUGAACUCCAGCUCUUUAUGUUACUUCCUUUUCUUCUCCUUUCUAUUUUUUGCUUGUCUCAUUAAACCAAGGUAUAAGUGUGAAUUUUUUUUGCUCAAUUUGAAACAUUUCUAACUCUCAUGGACUUUGCCUCGAUUUGUGCCACCUAGAACAAAUCAGCCUGUGUUCCUGUCCCCUUGCAUCUUUGCACAGAAUUUAUAUAAACUUUUGUCGCCUACAGAAUUGCUUUGUAUUCAGUCUGAAUACACCUCUAGGUAUCUGGGCUGGGUAUUAUUUGAACGUUUUUAAUACUGAUGCUAAUGUGAGUUUUGCUACUGACUCCAAAAUUAUACUUUUUUUUACCUCACUGACCCAUUUUCUUAGGAAACCUUUUUUUCCAUUUGACAAAAGAAGCCAAAGUUCUCCAACACUCUCAAAAUAGCUUUUCUUAAAUGAAAUACAGUCUAAAAUUGGAAUAUUACUAUUCAAAUUGGAAACUAUCUGAUUAUAGGAGUAAACAAGAUUAUAAACCAUUUGUUUCCAGCUUUGGGUACGUGACAGUUUUUGAUACUAGAGACAGUAAUGAGUUUUGAUACCCGGCCCGAGGGUUGAUUGCACUUACAAGUUUUAGAGACAGGCACAAAGGUGAUAAUGGACUUCUUCACUUGAAAUGUUGAUGAUUUGGUGGCUGGUUUGACCAAACUUAGCAUCCUACAGUAUGUACUGUAUGUCUACUACGCUGUGUCUCCUGGAGGAUAUGAACUCACACAAACAUUUUCUAACUGAAACUAGAAAACAAGGUGACAAUUUCACAGUGACAGUCCCUGUGCAAAUUUCUGUGCCACUCCUUCUGUCAAACUGUGAACUGUUUACAGUGUCAGCACUUCAGUGAGAAAAUGACCAGAGGCAGACUGUUUGUCAGAGAUGACCUUAGGAGCCUCACACAUACAGGGUAGCUAUUUUUCUUCACCACACCUCACUGUCUUGCGCUGUGAUGUGCUAAGCUGCCAAAUAUUAGCUUAUAUACGAGCUUAAAGGCUGACUAAGCACUAUGAAUGUUCACUUUAUUACACUGUUGAUUUAUCCUUGGCCCAUUUUAUGCAUUUAUUGUAGCAGAAGUUAUUUUUAUUUUUCAAUGGAAAAUCCAGUAAUUCUGUCCACUUGACCCCCCAGAAAUCUGUGAAACAUUUAUAAUGUACCCUGGGACACUACACUCCCCUCUACCCCACCCAAACACAUGUAUGCUUACAAUACAUAUAAAUAAAGCAAUCAACUGUCAGCAGUCUGGGUGGGGGACGAGCUGGACUGAAGUCACUGUUCAAGUCACGUUAUGCUUGAACUAAUUUGCAAGAAGUGUUGUCCAACCAUGCUAGAAAUCAAAAGUGUUUAUCUGCUGGAGUGUACUGACAGCAAACUGUUUCCAAUUUCAGCUGGAGAGGGGUCAUGCUGGGUCAUGGGAGUGAUACGUGAGCCGUUACCAGCUGGCUUUAAGUUCAAAAUUAGAGUUAUGUUUGUAGCUGUGGUUCUAGGUGACAGCCAGAUGCAAUAUCUUGACAUUAAAGAAGCUAUUUGUAAGUUUUGCCAUUGCUACAUAGCUAACAUUACCAUUAACAGCUGUUUACUUACCGUCAAUAAGAAACAUUGUGAGUACAACAUCAAAUUUAAUUCCUUUACUCACCAAAAGCUGUCUCCAGAGGUGGAAACAAACACUAAUGUUAACACUCGUCUCUAUCACAUCUUUUCUUCUACUGAAGUUAGCAUGCUAACCAGCUAGCCCCGGCCCGUAUCAGACCAUGUUAUUACUUUCUGAUAGCGACUCACAGUAGCCUCCAGUCUGUCCUGAAGAUGUAGCUGCUCAGAGGACGUAUUAUAACCUCUUCUCUUGUAAGUGCAACAUUGGCUGAAGCUCUUGUCAAGCCACAAUCACCACCACCCGCUCCCAGCAAGAAACCAUGUUUGGCGACAGAGAAAACUUCCAAAUAGACUCUUUAAAGGAGCUAUUUGGAAGUUUUGUUAUUGCUACAUAGCUAAAGUUAGCAUUAGCAGCUGCUUACUUACCAGUCUAGAUGAAAUGUUUUGAGUUCAGCAUCAAACUUCAUUCCUUUACUCACCAACAGCUGUCUCCAGAGGUGGAAAGAAACACCAAUGUUAACUUUUGUCUCUAUCAUAUCUUUUCUUCUACUGAACUUAGUAUGCUAACCAGCUAGUCCUGGCCAGGAUAGUGACUCACUGUAGCCCCUAAUCUAGCCUCCAUUUACAAAUAGCGCCUUCAUUUGUCAGUUUUGCUAUUGCUACAAAGCUAACAUUAGCAUUAACAGCUGUUUACUCACCAGAAGAAACUUGAGUUCAGCAUCAAACUUCAUUCCUUUACUCACCAACAGCUGUUUCUAGAAAGCAACGCUAUUAACUCUUGUUUGACUUAUGUCUUUUCUUCUGCUCAAGUUAGCAUGAUAACCAGCUAGCCCCCGUCUUUUCACUCUCUGAUAGCGACUCAGUGUAGCCUCCAAUCUGCCUUGAAGACGUAGAUGCUCAGAGGACGUAUUAUAACCUCUUGUAUUAUAAAAAUAACAAUGACUAAAGCUGUUGUCAAGCCACAAUCACCACCACCUGCUCCUGACAAGAAACCCUGUUUGGCAGCAAAGAAAAACUUUAAAACAUAUGAAAAUGGCUAAAAAUGUCAGACAGUAGGAGAGACAGAGGAAGAAUGGGGCUAAUUAGUGUGUUGGUUCAAAUACAUUUGUAGAAUUUGUCAUUAAAAUGGGGUGUAAAGUUGUUAUGAAGACAGUUUUUUUACCUUUUUGUUUUUGGUAUAUUGACAUGAAACACUAAAACUUGACAGCACUCUUGAAGAUGCAAGUCUAUAGUUUUACUUUGUUACUUCCUUAGAGAAACAUUUUAACCAGGGUUUUACACCAACAGAGUAUCAGAUUCAGGUUGAUUAGCCAUGCAAAAGCAGUUUUACCAUCAUUUUGUUAUAGUUUAAAGUUCUCCUAUAUGCAGAUGAGCUCACAUAUAAAUAUCAUUUUAAGCCUUGUGAUGCAUUUCAAUUAAUGCAUAUGCAUAAACAAGCAGCGACAUUGUUCUCAUACAUGCUCACAUACUUUGUAGAUAUGCCCGCCAGGGGGCAGAUCAUGGCUGACACUGGGAUAUUGUCCUUUUUGCACAGCCUAAAACAUAACGGUGGCACUCCAGAAAGUUACGUGACUGUUACUGUCGAGAUUACAGCAGAAAACUGUGAUCUGUGACAAACUAUUUGUUUCACUGCGAAGCUUUUGCCAUUUUUGAGUAUAAUAAAAAGAUCAUCACUGACCUGCUGCUGGUGUAGAAAAUCACAGCUUUAAUUAAAAAGGGGUAAUGUGGAGUCAUUUUAAGAAGGUGUCAAUUGUGAGUCCCUCUACCAAAGAAAUAUCUGAGAGAUUUUUGUUGCAGUUUUUUGCCGGUUCAUACUGACUAAAUACCAUACAAACCAAGGCAACUUUUAAGACUUAAGAUUUUUGUCCCAUUUGCUUCCAGUUUGUAAUGGCCAAUUUACUAUUUUUAGUUUUCUGGCGGUACCAUCCUCUUUCCACAUGUUGCCAAUGCAGCUACAGCAGAGGACAUGUCACUAUGGCAUUGACAUUUAAGUCAGCUUUGGGCGCAAUUCAUUUAUUUCAAUUUACAUUUAACACUAAUGUUUAAAACUGUGCAACAUGUGUGAUUCAUUCAUUUAUAGGUAAAAUGUGACACUUGGACCUUCUGCUGGUUUGAGAACAGAUUCAUUUGGAAUUUUCGAAUUUUAUUGACUUUUAAGUGCCAUGUGAAAAUAUGCAACCAACAAAUGUACAUGGACCUUACUGAUAUAUAUAUAUAUAUAUCAUGCUCAAUGCUCUGAGUCUGCAAUGGUAAGUACUGCUUCCAUUAAAUCAGCAUCCCACCAAAAACAAUAGAGGUUUCUGAAUGUUUGUAACAACCUGAGUUUUCCUACAGAGCUUAUUAAGGUUUCAUUUCAAGACAUAUUACAAUAGUAAUGAAAAACAAUCAAUUUUAAUUACAUUAGUCAUACUUUAACAAGAUUUUGAACAGUGUCAUUUUCAUGUUAUUGCUGGUAAGGGUUUCAACCAUGUGAGAAUAAUGCACUGCUUACAAUCUAACAACACAAAUGAUAAGUGUUUCUUGAAUUUUGAUGGAUAACUUUUGAAGAAUAUUUGAAUUUGCUGUUUAAAUUAAUGCACAAAUUUUUUAAGGUGGCACCGUCAGAGAAAACCAGGGUGCUCUGCAUGCAAUGAGAAUCAUAUGAUACUUUAAUGCUGUGGUCCUGCGUUCAUGCCAAAUACUGCGGUGUUACUACUGUGACAAUGAUAAUGCUUAAUUUCACUUGCAUCUUUUUUUUAAUGGUUGGGUUUUCAGCCUGAGGCUCUAUGGAUGGCAAUGUCAGUGGGUUUUUUUUUUUUUUUUAAAUAAACUUUUAUUGAAAAAUAGCAAACAAACAGAGUCAGGUGAUGACACAAAAAUCUGAAUUACAGUAACACAAUGGACAACAAUGUUACAUUAUAACAUUAAAUAAAGUACAAACAUUUCAUAUCAUAUAAAUUAAUAUAUAAUACAUUUUACAAGCUUUCCUGUUAUAGUGGACCAUGUGGAUGUACUGCUUGUAAUCUACUUCAAAUAUGAAGAAACAUGUACAGGAUUUGAGAAUUUACAUUUAUUAGUCAGUGUGUUUUUGCCAGCAAUAAAAUUAAGGAUAUAUAAUUCACUGGCUUUAACAAAAUAUUAUUGAGUAAAAAAUAAUCAAAACAGAUAGAUAGCAUUAUUACGAAUAUCACGGUUAUUGGA